CCCACAGACAUUUUAUUUCAGUAGCCGAAUAGACAGAUUUCUGAACACCCACUGAUGCAGGUGUGUUUGGUGUACAAGUUUUCUGAAAAGCUGCAGAGAGAGGAAACAACCAUGACUCUGGUGUGAUAAUGCAUCGUGGCAGAACAGACAGACACAGAAAUCAAAGGUGUGGUAACAACAUCGACGAGCCUGAAUACGAUGUGGUGGAUGACCAGGAGGAAAUGUCAAAUGUGCGCAUAUUUCCUGCGAGGCCCAUAAGCGAUGAGAGAGAGUAUGCAGACAGGGAUCUUCCAAGGUCGUCAUCGGCUCAGAGCCUUUCGUCACCCUUCACCGACAACUUUAACAUCAUGCCUAGAUGCCCACCCAGAGAAACCCCCCAUAGUACAGGGCCUGCUGUAAAUAGAGCUCUGAAGCCUGGCAGAAGAAACACCAGACUUGAUAAGAGCCCCACGCAUGUGCAGCCAGGAGACCAGCACCCUCACAGGUGCUCUCCAUCACCUCCACCGUUUACCUCGGAGUUAGAUAAGUUCUUGCCUGGACUGACCCUGCAGGAGCCCUGCAGGGAAGAUGGGAAUCUGAGAGCAGCUAAAAAAGGAGAAUUCAGUUCACAAUCCAAAGGUCUACGUGGUGCUGAAGGUGUUUCAGCCCUCCGUACCACCCAAAGAUAUUCUUUGGAUUUGGAUUCGCUAGAAAUUAAAGAAGAAAGGACACAACAAAAUCUAGAAAUGGUGCCAUCAAAACGUCAUCACCAUGAGUGGCCUCAAACUAAAAACUCUGACCAGCAUGAAUUUGUCCCAAAGGAAAAGCCCCAGCAGACCUAUGGUGAAGACUGGUAUAUUGGGACUUGUAAUCGAGCAGAUGCUGAGCAUGCCCUGCACCUGGUGAACAAGGAUGGGGCCUUUUUGGUACGAGACUGUUCCAUCAACACCAACAGUGAACCCUUGGUACUGGCUGUGUAUCACGAGAAAAAGGUUUACAAUGUAAAAAUUCGGUUCAUCGAGAGCACCGGCAAGUACGUCCUGGGACAACGAUCAACUGAUAUGUUUGACUCCGUGGCAGACAUCAUUAAGUUUCACACCAUAUUCCCAAUCAUACUCAUCAGUGGGAGAAAUAUGCCUGGAAUCAAAUUCCCAGAAAACUGUGUGCUGACAUAUCCAGUAACAAGGAGGGACGUCUACCAGCUGCUACAAUGAGACAUGCACUGUUCAACCAAAGAGAAUCUGCUGAAUCCCAUCUGCUUCAUCACAUCCUGUUAUGUAGCUACAUAACCUCAAAACGUCUGCUAAAAUUCAUCAUGUGCAUGUUAGGA